UACCACGGGACCUUAAGUACCAAGAAUUAAAGAAGCGUUCAAAGGGGAAGAGAAAGUACCAUGGAUUUUACGUUAAAAUAUAUGCAAGGUCCAAGCAUUGAAUCAGAUAAUGUGUUGUCAGGAAGCGGGGUAAAUAAGCCAAAAAGUCAGCGCAUUGUCCUCUCUGACUCGGAAGACGAGUUUGAAGACCCUGAAAAGAAAUUGAAGACAGAAACCCCUAAAACAAGUACACCUGUUUGUACACCAUCCAAAGUGGUACAUGUAGCAGCUAUUGACGAAGAUCUACCCAUGCUUCAUUCUCCUUCAAAGAAAGAGAAGAGAACAUCCAGCCCUGGACAAUCAUCAAUUGAGAAAGACAGUGAAGAGCUGCCAGAUAUUCCUUUACCUAUGACAUUAAAGGAUACAGAUGCAUCUAUAUGUACAGAUGAUGAAGACUGGACAUCAAAUCUUGAAAAUAAGGUGGAUGAAGACAAUAUCCUGAAAGACUUUGAGGAAAUGAUGCAGAAAAAAAGAGAAAGGCAGUUGUUUGCAGAGAGCACCUUCAUCGACUUCCCGACGAAAGAGGAUGUCAGAAAAAAUCUGUGUGUUGUUUACGAAUGUCAUGGAGGUCUUGCGAUAAAUCGACCGUUUAAAUAUGGUGACACAGUCAAGAGUGUAUAUAGCUGGAUUAUACAACAAAUGGAUCCAGAAAUUCUUCCCCCGGUGUUCCAUUUAGAGUGCUCAUCCCCAACCAGUUGCCAGAACAAAGGAUGCCCCCAUAUAUAUGAAUUGGGCAACAGCUAUAAAGUUAAGGUAGAGGAGUUGCCGGAUGUCUUAUACCUUCGUGAAGGGUGUUUUGCUGUAAAUGAUACCUUUACUGGUCUUGGGGAUGUCCUGAUUUAGCCAGUCAGCAGCUUUCAGGAAUUUUGUGGCGGC